UCGUAAAAGACCAAUAUUUGCACGUAGUUUAUUUCUCUACGACCGAAGUGUUCCUAAUUUGAAGUUGUCUCUCGACACAGUGGAACGACCAAGGCUUCUCUUCACCCUUUCCCUAGCUGCCUCACCCCACCUCGGUUCUUGGGAGGGCCUCCGAACUGAAAAGAGAUGGGAUUACCAAAUGUUUCUGAGGACUUGUCAUCAGAGAUGGAGGUUGAUGCCUUUAGACGCCUUUUUCCACUUCGAUAUUUUGAGCGUCAUCUUGCUGAAUCUAUAAGGCCUGAUGGUAGACCACUUGGAAAAGCUAGAGAAACAAGUAUUUUUCUUGGUGCUGUUGCGUCUGCUAAUGGGUCGGCUCUAGUGAAGAUUGGAUCAACUACUAUAUUGACUGCUAUUAAAAUGGAAGUUAUGACUCCGUCCUUGGAGUCACCGGAUGAGGGCUGUCUAGCUAUUGAUUUCCACAUGCCUCCAAUUUGUUCUCCUAUAGUUAGGCCUGGCAGGCCAGCUGAAGCAUCACCGGUGGUGUCAAAGCAGUUGUCUGACACCUUUUCUAGUUCCAAAAUGAUUGAUUUGAAAGAAUUGUCCUUGGUCAGUGGAAAAGCUGCAUGGAUGGCUUACCUGGAUAUCUACUGUUUGGAUGCCGAUGGUGCUCUUUUUGAUGCUGCAUUACUUUCUGCCGUUGCUUCCUUAUCUCAUUUGCAAAUUCCUGUUGUUGCCAUGAAUGAUGAUGGCAAAAUAGUACUCGUGUCUGAAGAAGAUGGACAAAAGCGAGAACAGGAGCCAGUCAAUAAGGAGAAGAGGAAGCUUACAUUAAGAAGCAUUCCAUUCUCAUUAACUUGCAUACUUCACAAGAAUUACAUAUUGGCUGAUCCUACUGCAGAAGAAGAAUCCAUUAUGGAAACCCAUGUAACAGUAGUUUUGGAUACAUCCGGUCAACUAAUAUCUCUUUACAAGCCUGGUGGGCCAGUUCUUGCCUACACUUCUGCUAUCCAGGAUUGUGCUGCGUUAACCCGGCAAAGAGUAAAGGAACUAAAGAGCUUCUUAGACAAAGCAAAUUCUGCUAUGGAGGUUGAGUAGAAGUAUAAGGUCAUCUUUAUUGUCCUGAAUGGUUAUUUAAAUUUGUACAUUGUGGAUCACAGGUACUGCGGCAUUUCAUUAUGGAAAAAAAAAUCUUUUCACGAAUUUUAUACCAUCUAUUUGGACAUUAUGUUUUCAUUCCGGCAUUUGAUUUCACAUGUGGUUGAUGGUUUUGGGGAUAUGAAAUCAAGAGGAAUUCUAUUGUCACUCUCAAA